AUGGGGUCAUACCGUGCUUUGCCGCGGUUCUGCCUCCUCGACCUGGUCCGUCAUGUCGAUGGGACCUCGGAUGCCGGCAUUGUUGAUAGCAAUGUCAAGCCUUCCGAAUUUCUCUACGACAGCCUUGAAAGCAGCCCUGAUCUUCUCAGCGCUGCGGACAUCGACCUGUAUUCCAAGAACCUCAAUAUCGGGGUACUUGACACGCAAUUCCUUAACGGAGGCCUGCAAAACGUCGUUGUUGGCAUCGGUCAGCGCGAGCUUCUUGGCACCAAAUUUAGCAAAGGAAUGCGCGGCAGCCAGCCCGAUGCCUGUCCAAGGUUGCAUUAG